AUGGCUGAUAUCGCCCCUCCCAACCCAUCCGGGCAUCCCUCAUCCCACGCCGAUGCGGAAAGGCGGGAAGAACACCUCGCCGAGGAUGAGCGUCAGCUCGCUCAGUCCGAGCUGACCGUCCCUCCGGUCGGUAUCCCCCUCCCUGGCGCGAUCGGCAGUCUCCACGCCCCUCCCCCUGUCACCUCCACAUCCACAUCAACCGCUCCUACCCUCCACGCCACCUCAUCUGCUUCGUCCGAUGAUCACCCCAACCUCAAAGGAGAGGAUGCUCAGGUCGCCGCUCAGUUGGCGUCCCAGAAGAAGGAGUCGCCAUCUUCCACGGAUCUUUCGGAGAAGCACGCCGCGUCGGUGAGCGAAAAGCCCAAGAAGAGGGGCUUUUUCGCUCGCAAAAAGGACAAGGAUGCAGCGGCAAAGAAGGGCAAGGACAAGGAAGACGAGCUCAAUACGCUCCCUCCCGUCUCGCUCUUUGCCCUCUUCCGCUUUGCAACCAAAUUCGAGAUAAUGCUUGACAUCAUCGGUCUCUUCCUAGCAGCAGCAGCCGGCGCUACCCAACCGCUCAUGACCCUCAUCUUUGGCCGGCUCACCAAUUCAUUCACCCAAUUCUCAAUCAUCGCGCAGGAAAUCGCCGCCGAGGGGAUCAACGCCCGCACCCUACAGGCACUCUCGGACGCUCAGGCGGAGCUUCGAUCGGACUCGGGCAAGAAUGCCCUCUACCUCGUCGCGAUCGGUCUCGGGAUGUUUGUCUGUACCUACCUGUACAUGUUCAUCUGGAACUAUACGGGAGAGCUCAACGCGAAGCGCUUACGCGAGGCGUACUUGCGGGCGGUGUUGAGGCAGGAGAUUGCCUACUUUGAUGAUCUCGGUGCGGGUGAGGUGGCGACAAGGAUCCAGACGGAUUGUCAUUUGGUCCAAGAGGGAACUUCAGAAAAAGUAGCCAACGCGACCAUGUUUGCCGCCACUUUUGUCACUGGUUUCGCCCUUGCUUACGCCCGGUCUUGGCGUCUCGCCCUUGCGCUUUCGGCCAUCCUGCCGGUCAUCAUGGUCGCUGGGUUCAUCAUGUUUACGGCCAUCUCCAAGUACACCGUCGGCUCGCUCGAGUACGUCGCCAACGCGGGAACGCUCGCCGAGGAGGUCAUUGGCAGUGUCCGGACCAUCCACGCAUUCGGGACCAGCUUGGUCAUUGGCAAGCGCUUCGAUGGAAUGAUUGAAAAGGCUCGUGUCAUGGGGAGGAAGGGAAGCAUCAUCGAGGCUACGGGUCUGAGCAUCAUGUUCUGGUCCAUCUACUCGGCCUAUGCGCUGGCCUUUUUCUUUGGUGGUAUACUCGUCUCGCAAGGCCUGGCAGACGUCGGGAUCGUCAUCAACGUCUUCAUGUCCAUCCUCAUCGGCUCCUUCUCCAUCGCCCUGCUCGCUCCCGAAAUGACCUCCAUCUCCAAGGGCAAGGCUGCCGCUGCCAAGCUCUACGACACCAUCGACCGUCAAUCCCUCAUCGACUCUUCGCGUACAGACGGUCUCAAGCCCGACUCGGUCGAGGGAGUCAUCACGUUUGAGGGCGUCAAAUUCCACUACCCCUCGCGGACCAACGUUCCCAUCCUCAAAGGCUUCUCGGCCGAAUUCCCCGCUGGCGCGUCGGUGGCGUUGGUGGGUGCUAGUGGGUCGGGGAAGAGUACUGUCGUCAGCCUGGUCGAGCGAUUCUACGAUCCUAUUGAGGGUAGGGUCAUGCUGGACGGGCGGGAUGUCAAGAACCUCAAUAUCAAGUGGUUACGGCAGCAAAUUGGCCUGGUCUCUCAAGAACCCACUCUCUUCGCCACUUCGGUCCGCGGCAACGUUGAGCACGGUCUCAUCGGAUCGAAAUGGGAGAAUGCCAGCGACGAGGAAAAGUUCAAACUCGUUCAGCAGGCAUGUAUCGACGCCAAUGCUCACGACUUUAUCACCAAACUACCCAAUGGUUACGAGACCAACGUCGGGGAGAGGGGGAUGCUGCUCUCUGGCGGUCAGAAGCAGCGCGUAGCGAUUGCAAGGGCGAUCGUCUCGGACCCGCGCAUCCUGCUCCUCGACGAAGCCACCUCAGCGCUCGACACGCAGUCUGAAGGUAUCGUUCAAGAUGCCUUGGACAAGGCGUCCCGCGGUCGGACCACCAUCACUAUCGCGCAUCGUCUCUCUACCAUCAAGGACGCCGACAACAUCAUCGUCAUGGGGUCAGGUGAGAUCCUCGAGCAGGGCACCCACAAUGACCUCCUCGCGGACGAGACGGGACCCUAUGCCAUGCUCGUGUCAACCCAGAAGCUGGCGCAGGUGGCGGACAUGACGGCCGAGAUGGAGGCCGACGAGCAGGUCGUCGGAUCGCCCAUGUCUGAAAAGGUCAACUUUCCCGGUCUCGGUCGAGCCACUACCGGCCGGUCCGUCGCCUCGGCGGCGAUGGAGGCCGUCCAGGCCAAGCGGAUCGAGGAGGAGGAAUCGGCAGACCGGAUCCCAUCCGCCACCAAGCUUUACGCUCGCCUCAUCAAGCUCAACCGGACCGGCAAGUGGCUCUACAUCUUUGGUAUCAUCGGCGCUAUCCUCAACGGUCUCGUCUAUCCCGCUCUUGCCAUUCUCUUUGGUCAGGCCUUGCAGGACUUUGCAACGACCGACACCAAUCAGCUCAGGGAGAAUCUCACUGUCAAAGCUCGCUGGUACUUUAUCGCGUCGAUCGCAGCGGCCAUCGUCGGCUUUGUACAGAUCCUCUGCUUCUCCCGUACCGGAUGGGACUUGACCGCCAAGCUCAGGAGUUUGGCCUUCUCGUCCACGCUAAAGCACGAUAUCGAGUGGUUUGACGAGGAAAAGAACUCUACCGGAGCUGUCACCAGUAACAUUGCGGACUGGCCGCAAAAGGUGCAAGGUCUCUUUGGUCCUACGCUCGGCACGAUCAUCCAGUCCAUCUCCACCGUAGUUGGCGGGUGCAUUAUUGGCUUGAUCUACUCUCCACUCCUCGCCUUGAUUGGUAUCGCGUGCAUUCCCCUCCUCAUUUCCGGCGGUUAUAUCCGGCUCAAGGUCGUCGUCCUCAAGGAUCAACGUAUGAAGAAGAUCCACGCCGCGUCGGCUCAUCUCGCUUCUGAAGCUGCUGGAGCGGUCAGGACCGUCGCUGCGCUGACGAGGGAGGACGAUAUGGACCGGAUCUACUCCAAGGCAUUGGAAGAGCCGAUGCGGGUCAGCUUUAACGGUGCUCUCAAGUCGCAAGCCCUCUACGCUGCCAGUCAGGGUGUCUCGUUCCUCAUCAUCGCGCUGGUAUUCUAUAUCGGCUCGCUCUGGAUCAUCGAGGGGCGCAUCACCACCGCCGCCUUCUUUACCGUCCUGACUUCAGUCGUCUUCGCCGCACUCCAAGCCGGAAAUGUCUUCACCUUUGUCCCCGACGCGUCCAAGGCCAACGGCUCCGCCGCUUCCAUCUUCCAGAUGCACGACUACGCCCCUGAGGUCGACUCGCUCACCACUGACGGUAUCCACCUCAACCCCGUCGACGUCAAAGGCCAUAUCCGCAUGGAAGGCAUCCACUUCCGAUACCCUUCCCGUCCGUCCGUCCGAGUAUUGCGCGACCUCACCAUCGACGUUCCGCCGGGGACGUACGUCGCGCUCGUCGGACCGAGUGGAUGCGGCAAGUCCACCACGGUCCAGAUGCUCGAGCGCUUCUACGAUCCUCUGGUCGGCAAGGUUACACUCGACGGUCAGGAUAUCAAGGAUUUGAACGUGUCGAGUUACCGAAGUCAGAUGGCACUGGUCUCGCAGGAGCCUACCCUCUAUGCUGGCAGUGUCCGCUUCAACAUCCUUCUCGGAGCCAACAAGCCGAUGCAGGAGGUGACCGAAGAGGAGAUCAUCAAGGCCUGCAAGGAUGCCAACAUUUACGACUUUAUCGUCUCCUUACCUGAUGGCUUUGACACCGAGGUCGGAGGCAAGGGCUCCCAGCUCUCCGGCGGCCAAAAACAGAGAAUUGCCAUUGCCCGUGCACUCAUCCGAAACCCCAAGGUCUUGCUCCUGGACGAAGCUACCUCGGCAUUGGACUCGCAGUCCGAGCGGGUGGUACAGGAUGCCCUCGACCGGGCGGCCAAGGGACGAACGACGAUCGCUAUUGCGCACAGACUAUCGACUAUCCAGAAGGCGGAUAUCAUCUACUGCUUUGCCGAGGGACGGGUCGCAGAGAAGGGAACGCACGCGGAGUUAUUGGCGAAGAGGGGAGCUUAUUUCGAAUUGGUACAGAUGCAGAAUCUUAGUAGGCAGGAGUAG